AUGCAUUUGUACACACCACCACAAAGUACAGACAUGGAACCAUGGCUAGACGAUCUCUCCGACGACCUCCAAAGCAUGAGCUUCAACUCCACCAACACCAACACCACCACAACAACCACCGACAUCAACCGCUCCACUUCCUCCGGCUCCGAAACCACCUGGACGGCCAUUUCCUCCUCCACCCACUACGGCCCACCCAUCACCAAUAAACCCCACACCACCCCCUCCGGCGACCCCUGCUGGGACUCUAUCCGCCGAGCCAAAUCUACCUCCCCUUCCAACCCUCUCUCCCUAUCCGACCUCCGCUUCCUCUGUCGCCUCGGCUCCGGCGACAUCGGCUCCGUCUACUUAGCCGAACUCAAAUCGGCCGAGACCACCGGAGCAUUGUUCGCCGCCAAGGUCAUGGACAAGAAGGAACUUGCGAGCCGUAAUAAGGAGGGAAGAUCGAGGACAGAGAGGGAAAUUCUCGAGAUGUUGGACCACCCAUUUUUGCCCACGCUUUAUGCGACCUUAGAGUCCCCUAAAUGGUCGUGUCUUCUGACGGAGUUUUGUCCCGGCGGCGACCUCCAUGUUCUCCGGCAACGUCAGCCAUGUAAACGCUUCCCUGAAUCUGCCGUCAGGUGCGCAGUUUAG